AUGGCGGCCGAGCGGGAUGAGUUGGACUGGCCAGAGUACAUCAGCGAGGCUAGGACGGCGCUCAGCAGGACGCGGACCAAGGAUCGGACGGAGACGCUCGCUGAAUUGCGGGUGUGGGCGACGAAGCCGUCUCUGGAGCCGGCUCAGGUACAGGACCUCGUCCGACUGCUCGUCUCGACCGUGCCCCGCUACGUCGACUCGACCUCUCGCCAGGCGGUCCUCGCGGUCCUCGCGGUCCUCUCGGCGCUCCUCGCACGCGACUACGCCCCUAGCCGAGACGAUGUUGCAGCGACGUCGAACGGCAAGACCGCAUCGCUCACGAACGGUCUCAUCAGGUGGCUCGAGGGCGAGACGGCCAAGGUCGACAAGACCGGCGCCAGUUCGACUCGCUUCGCUCUUCUUGCCUGGGCCAACACGAUCUACUCUUCCGUCCCCGCCGACCACCCUCUCGAAGACGCACCCUUCGCCUCCCUCGCCAUCACUCUCUCCACCCUCCUGAAUGCGGUCCUGGACGAGGCGAACGGGGCCAAGGAGUCGAUCCGCAAAUCUGCCCUUGUCUCCACGCGGCGCGCCGUGCGAACACGCCACGAGUCGAUCCCUCGCCUUGUCACAACGCUCGCCUCCGCCAAGUCCGAUCCCAGCUACCGCCACGCAGCCUUGGUCGGCCUUGCGAUGGACGUCGCGCUGCGGCUGAAGGAUCCGAAGGGUCAUCUGAACGUUGGGAAGGGCUACGUCGAGGAGCUCAAGCCGAUCGUGAACGACCUCUACCUCAAUUCGGUCGUCACGAGCAAGACCGUCCCUCCUUCCCACGUUCUCGGCGCUCUCUCCGACUUCUUCGCUGCCACCGUCACCAUCGACGAUGCGACAUCGACCUUCAUUCCGGCUAUGGAGAAGGCAUUGAACCGCGCAGCUGAACCCGCACUUACCAUCCUCCGAUCAUUCUUCGCCGCUCUUCCUCCCUCCGUCUCUUCCGACCCUACAUUGCGCCAGAAGCUCGCCCCUGCCAUUCUGACGUCCGCCAAGUCGUCCUCCGCCCCGACUCGCGCCGCCUCGAUCCGCCUUUUUUCGACCCUCUACUCGUCCGGCUCCGAGGAAGACCUCCUCCCCGUCGCUGAGCAGGUGUAUACGCCCGUUCGAACGGGCAAGACGACUUUCGUCGAUCACCGCGUCGCGCUGUACACCAUGCUCGCCUCCCUCCCUCCUUCGCCAAAACUCUCCGCCGAGAUUGUCACGACCGCCCUCACCGCCCUGCCGAAGGAAACGAACGAGAACACCGUCUCUGCCGUCUCGCAGGUCUUGUCCGCGCACCUUCCCGCCGUCCUCCUCGCCGAUACCGCCGUCCCCGCGCCUCAGAUCGCCGCACUCGUCAAGGGCAUGGCCGAUACGAAGCCAGCUAUUCGCCGGCUCGUCCAGGCAACAGUUGGAAACGUCUUCUGGGUGUUGAAGGAGUCGGGGAAGGAAGCGACCCAGGCGGAAAAGGCGUUCGCGACCGGUCUGUUGCCCGGGUUCGAGGCGUCGCUCAAGAUUGUCACGACCAACAUGCUCAAUUCCCCGUCGGGUCCGCUCGAAGGCUACGUCGCCGUCGCAGUGCUGAAGAGCCGGGCAUCGAAGUGGGGUGUUAAGAAGAUCGACGACCUCGUCAACUCGAACGCCGCGAUGCAAACGCUCGGCCAGACGGGCGCCAAACCCAACUUCUUCCUCUACGACAAGGUGUAUCGCAAGGCGUCGUCGGUUGAGGAUGGCGUCUGGCUCGCUCGCGCGCUGGAAGCGUUCUUCGAUGCGGACGAGGACAAGCUCGCCAAGGACGAAACGCUCCGGGCCAACUUCGCCGCUGCGCUCCUGCACCUCAUUACCGAAGGCGCAUCGCACGACAUCCGCGCCGAAGCCGUCGGCUUUGUUCGCAAGGCCUGCGCGCGGUCCCCGAAGCUCGUCCACCUCGCUUUGCGCGACGGCAUGCGGGCCUGGCUCGUUCAAAGCGAGAAGGCGAAGGCGGUGGCCAAGCCGACUGCCGAAGACGCCGAGGCUCCGCUCGACCGUGCACCUCGCCUCCGCGCCGUUCUCUCCGCCCUCGCCUCCUUCGACGACGAGGUCGACCAGCAAACCCGCGAAGAUCUCCUCGUUCAGCUCGUCGUUCUUGCGCACUACCCGCGACUGUCCAAGUCGGAAGCCAGCCUUUGGGUCGACUUGCUUCUCAUCGCCAAGGUCUCGCCAGACAAGGUGAUUGCUGAGCGGCUGUCAGAGCUAAUCGACCUGGUUCUCGCGGACGCUUCGCUCACACCGGCGAACCAAGCUUUUGCGGACGCCGCCUACCGCGCGGUCACGACCUGCGCCCUCGUCCUCCCCGAGAAAGCGGUUCCAGCACUCUUCGCCCAGUUCCAAGACGACCUCCUGCCGUCGCAUCUCGAGUUCAUCGGCGCGACCGAGUUCGGCGUCUGGGGUACUCCCGAGGGCCAGACGUUCGUCGAUGUCCUCGCCGAUGCGAAGAAGAAGACGAGUGCGACGCCUGUCGGCAAGGCCAACUCGAAGGAGCACCAGAUCGCUCUCUGGGAGGCGGAGUUGCGCGAGUCGCUUUCGCGCAAGAAGCCCGUCGCGGCGCAGCUUUCGAAGCAGGACCGCGCGACGCUCGACAAGCAGCUUGCGCUCGAGAGCGAGAUCCGCGCGCAGGUCGGCACGGCACUCGGCAGGCUGCGGCGAGGUUUCCGGUUCGCCCUGUGCUUGAUCAGCUCGCAUGCCGAGCUCGUCAGGGAGUACCUUGCGAAGAUGAUCGAGCAGACGCUCGCCGUCAUCAUGCUCCAGCCUGCGACACUCGUUGCAGAGGAGGCUUUCGAGACCUACUUGGCGCUCGCAAACGUCUGCUCCGAGCGACUCGGUGUGUUCAAGACCGCGAUCGGCGUUGCCGUCCUCCGAAGCGUUGAGGCGCAAGUCGUCCCUGAGAACUACCGAGCCGAACCCCUCCCCGACCUCAUCUCCCGCGUCCUCUUCCAGCUACGCUUCCUCUCCGAACAGUCGCCGUUCGACGCGGGAACGUACGCCUACGCCGCGCCUCUUCUGAGCAAGAUCCUCCGAACAGGCGGCGUCGGCAUUGACAAGUCGCAGGCCGAGACAGCUCUCGAGCAGCUCUCGCUCGCGCUCGACGUCAUUUCAUUCCAUGUCCGCCAGUGCAGCGACACAGCCUUCCCGCGACUCGCCCUGGUUGGCGACCUGCUCGCCGCCUUGACCGGCUACCCGUCGCUGAGUCGUACGGCGGCAACGGCGUUGGCGGACCUCGGCGAGGCUAUGCAGGACAACGCGUCGUCGGACGAGAUCGCCGCCAUCCUCGACGGUGCCUUGGCAGAAGAGGCGUUUGUCCGUCUCGCUGCUCUGCAGGCACUGCAACCGCUCGACUUGACCGACCUCGACUUCCCAGUCAAGCUUUGGGUCCUCGCUCAUGAUGUCGACGAGCGCAACCGCGAGCUCGCCAUCACCGUGUGGCAGGAGAACGGUCUCAGCGUCCCCGCGAAGACGUUCUUGCCGCCACUCAUCGCCCUCCUCAGCCACUCCGCCCCCUCUGUCCGCGAAGCCGUUGCUGCAGCCAUCGCUGAAGGCGUCACAGUGCACUCCGACCAUGUCGCAGACGCCCUACUUCAGCUCAUCGCCGAGUACGAGGACAAGGCGAAGGAGCUCGUUCCCGAGUACGACCGAUUCGGCAUGCUCGUCGAGGAGUCGCUGUCGCGCGAGGACCCGUGGCGGACCCGCAAAGCGAUCGCAACGACUCUGCGAUUGAUGGCCGACCUCUUCUCGCCGGCAGAUGUCGAGACUUUCUUCGACCUCCUCAUCGCUGGCAAGGCGCUCGGCGACCGCAGCCAGUCCGUCCGUACCGAGAUGCUGGAGGCGGCGCAGACUGUCAUCGACAUCCACGGCAAGGAGACCCUACAGCACCUCAUCGAGACAUUCGAAGAGUACCUUGCUCGCCCUAGCACCGGCGAUGAGACGCAGGACCUCGUCACCGAGGCGCUCGUGAUUCUGUUCGGUCGCCUCGCUCGUCACCUCGACCCGACCGACCCGCGCAUCAAGACUGUCAUCGGCCGCCUGAUCGAAGCCCUCAAGACGCCAUCCGAAGUCGUCCAGGCUGCCGUCUGCGACUGUCUCCCACCGCUCGUCAAGGUCCGCAAGGACGACAUUCCGGAUCUCGUCGACCAGCUUCUCAACGACCUCUUCAACGCACCCAAGUACGCAGAGCGUCGUGGAGCCGCCUAUGGUCUCGCCGGUGUUAUCCAGGGUCGCGGUCUCUCGGCUGUUCACGAGUUCGGCAUCAUGGGACGCCUGCAGGACAACGCCGAGGACAAGAAGUCGCUCCAGGCUCGUCAAGGCGCCGUGUUUGGCUACGAGGUCUUCGCGACUGUCCUGGGCCGCCUCUUCGAGCCCUACAUCCCCGAAAUCCUCCCGACCCUGCUUGCCAGCUUCGGCGACCCGGCGCCCGACGUUCGCGAGGCGACGUCGGACGCGGCGAAGGCCAUCAUGAGCAGGCUCAGCGGUCACGCCGUCAAGCUCAUCUUGCCGACGCUUCUCGAGGGCCUCGACGAGAAGCAGUGGCGCGCAAAGAAGGGCGCUAUCGAGCUCAUGGGCGCGAUGGCUUUCCUCGCGCCUCGUCAACUCUCAGCAUCUCUUCCAACCAUCCUUCCUCGCCUCACGGAGGUUCUCACCGAUACGCACAAGCAAGUUCGCGAGUCGGCAAACACCAGUCUCAAGCGCUUCGGCGAGGUCGUCACGAACCCGGAGAUUAAGGAGAUGACCUCCAUACUCCUCGACGCGCUUGUCGACCCCGCUCGCAAGACGCCCAAGGCGCUUGACACCCUCCUCACGACGACAUUCGCUCACUUCAUCGACGCUUCGUCGCUUGCACUCCUCGUGCCGAUUCUCGACCGUGGCCUCCGCGAGCGCAGUGCCGACGUCAAGCGCAAGUCGGCCGCCAUUGUCGGCAACAUGGCUACCCUGACUGAACCGCGCGACCUCAUCCCGUACCUGAAUCAGCUCGUCCCUCUCCUUCGCGACGUCCUGAUCGACCCAGUUCCGGAGGCCCGUUCGACCGCCGCCAAGUCCCUCGGUGGUCUUGUCGAACGCCUCGGCGAGAACAACUUCCCCGACCUCAUCGACUCCCUCAUGUCAAUUCUCAAGUCGCCUUCGGCUCAAGUCGACCAACAGGGUGCGGCGCAAGGUGUUGCCGAGAUUCUUGCCGGCCUUGGAACCGAUCGCCUCGAGGAGAUGCUUCCUGUCAUCCUCCAGAAUACCUCCAGCCCGCGCACCUACGUUCGCGAGGGCCACAUUUCGCUUCUCGUCUUCCUUCCCGUCACAUUCGGCGACCGCUUCUCCCCAUACCUCGGCAAGAUCAUCCAGCCGGUCCUUUCGGGUCUCGCAGACGACUCGGACUUUGUCCGCGAUGCGUCGAUGCGCGCUGGCCGCAUGAUCGUCGCUAACCACAGCACCAAGGCCAUCGACUUGCUCCUCCCCGAGCUCGAGCAAGGCCUGUUCGACGAGUCGUGGAGGAUCAGGCAGAGCAGCGUGCAGCUCGUCGGAGACCUGCUCUUCCGCAUCUCUGGCAUCAGCGGCAAGAUCAGCGAGGAGGACGAGGGCGACGACGAGGCCGAGGAGACGGCCGCGCCGGGACUCGACGCCGCCAAGAAGGCUCUCAUCGAGGGUCUCGGCAAGGAGCGUCGCGACCGCGUCCUCGCUGCGAUCUACAUCGUUCGCCAGGACGCCGUUGGUGUCGUUCGCCAGGCUGCUAUCGGUGUCUGGAAGGCGCUCGUCUCGAACACACCCCGGACAGUUCGCGAGAUCCUCCCCAUUCUCAUGCAAACUAUUGUCCGCAUCCUCGCCAGCCCGGCCCUCGAGCAGCGCGAAAACGCCGCUCGCUGUCUCGCCGAUUCGUGCCGCCGCCUCGGCGAGUCUGUCCUCGGCGAAGUCAUCAGCAUCCUGCAGAAGGCGAUGUUGUCGCAGGACCGGCGCCAGCGCGAGGGUGUAUGCUUGGCGUUCACGGAGCUCAUGGCCAACACGAGCAAAUCGUCGUUGGAGGCGCACGAGGAAACGGUCAUCGCCGCCGUCCGGUCCGCCCUCGUCGACUCGGAUGCCAGCGUCCGCUCGGCAGCCAGCCAGGCGUUCGAUAUUGCUCAGCAAGUUAUCGGCCCUCGUUCAAUCGACGAGAUCAUCCCGACUCUGCUCGACGCACUCCAGACGCCAGGAGCGACGGCCGACGCAGCGCUCGAAGCGCUUCGCGAGGUCAUGCAAGUCCGCGCCGAGAAGAUCUUCCCUGUCCUUAUCCCUCGCCUCAUCGCGCAGCCCAUCACCGCCUUCAACGCUCGCGCUCUCUCCGCUCUCGUCCGCGUCGCUGGCUCGGCGCUCGGUCGCCGCGUCACGCACAUUGUCGACGCGCUGCAGACUGCGCUCGAGAAGGAGCAGGAUGAGGAGACGAAGGAGUCGCUCGAUGCGGCUCUCACCGCCGUACUCGCCGCCGUCGAAGACCACGACAGUGGUCUGGGCAGUCUCCAGAUGCACAUGCUCGGGCUCUGCAAGCACGAGUCGCCGACGAAGCGGAUCACCGGAUGCAACCUGUUCGCCCGCUUCUGCCGAGCCACCGAAGCCGACUUCUCCGACUACGUCGUCGACUACAUCCGCCAGCUCGUCUCGCUCUUCGACGACCGGACCGGCAACGUUGUCACGGCGGCUUGGUCGGCCCUUGACGCGCUCGUCAAGAAGCUCGACAAGGAGGACAUGGAGCCGCUCGUCGUUCCUCUAAGGCGAACCAUCGAAGGAGUCGGCUUGCCUGGCCACCCGGUCGAGGGCUUCUCGCGUCCGAACGGCCUCAAGCCUAUCCUGCCGAUCCUCUUGCAGGGUCUUCUUGCCGGUACCGCCGAGCAGCGCGAGCAGGCCGCGUACGGUCUCGGCGACCUGGUCGAGCGCACCACGCCUGAAGCCUUCAAGGCGUACUGCAUCCAGACUGUUGGUCCGCUCAUCCGUGUCAUCGGUGACCGUCUCCCGCCGCCCGUCAAGUCGGCCAUCCUCUCAACCCUCACGAUCCUUCUGAAGCGCACGCCGCUUUUCGUCAAGCCGUUCUUCCCCCAGCUCCAGCGGACCUUCGUCAAAUCGCUCGUCGACACAUCCUCUCUGUCGGUCCGCAAUCGCGCGGUCGCCGCUCUCGGGGCCCUCAUGCAGCACCAGCCGCGUGUCGACCCGCUCGUCACCGAGCUGGUCAACCUCGUCGCAUCCGAGGAGGGUGAUGUCCGCGACUCGGUCGUCAACGGUCUUGCAGCGACGGUCGCAUCGGGCGGCAAGAACAUGAGCGAGUCGAGCAUCUCGUCGGUCGUCGACAUCAUCUCGGAGGCGUUCGCAGAGUCUCCCAAGGAGUCCUACGCAACGGCCGUUGCUCGCCUCGUCGCUUCCGUUGCGCUUCACUCCCCCUCUUCUCUGGACUUCAUCGUCGCCUCGUUCGUCCUCGGGACGUCGACCGACCUGCCGCCAACACAGCUUUCAGCAAUCGCGCUGCGCGAGCUCAUCGAUACUGCACCGGCGGUCUUGUACGAACUUGACAAAGACGCAACGGUUGACCGAGUGGUUCGGAUGGCGAGCGGAAGUGCGACGGGCGGGACGGCGAACCCUGCGAUCGCGAGGCCAGCGAGGGAGACGAAGGAAUUGAUGAAGGAGCGGGAGCCGUGGCGCGAUGACGAGGACGUGUUGUCGAGGUUGUGA